AUUCGUUAGAAGUAGAUUAUGAAGCGGAUAGGAGGUCUAUUGAUGCGAAGCGUAAAUAUGAUAUCGGCAAAAUCCUACUCGUCAGCCAUUCCCAUCGAAAUGGAUUCGGAUCAUAUCAACUCAAUUGGAGCAAGGAUUCUCCACAUAGCAGACCCGAAAUCAGUGCAAACUGCAUCCGAACUUCUACAUCAAGGAGAGGUAAUCGCUCUGCCAACGGACACGGUCUACGGGCUGGCCUGUAGCGCCAAUGACCCACAGGCUAUACAAAAGCUAUACGCCAUCAAAGGUCGUGACAAAACCAAACCUGUUGCAAUUUGUGUAGCGAAUUUGAAGAGUGUCCGCUACUGGGGCGAGGCGGAACACAUUCCUCAAAAGCUUCUGGCAUCGUUACUCCCAGGAGCCGUUACAGUUGUCCUCUACAAAUCAAAAAACUUAGACAAUCCACACUUGAAUCCUGGUGUCGCAAAAAUCGGAAUCCGGAUACCUGAUUUUGACUUUAUUGAGGAUGUAACACAGAAGUUCGGUUUACCACUCGCUUUAACCAGCGCCAAUCGAUCAUCGGAGAAAAGUACUUUAAAUAUAAACGAGUUCAGACAUAUUUGGCCGAAACUAAAGGCGGUAUUCGAUGCUGGGCAAAUUGGACAGGAUGAAAGGAGUCGUUCCGCAUCGACUGUUAUAGAUCUCUCGAAACCAGGAAAAUACAAGAUAGUCCGCGAAGGAGUUGCGAUAGACAAAACUCUAGAGAUAAUGAAAAAGUUUAAUGUAGUUUUAGACGAGGAUUAAGCAUUUUAUUACUGUGUAGCUUUGUUAUGUCUUGAAUAUGAAUUAUUACUCAAUAAAUUAUUGAAUUCUACUC